CUGGGAGGGAAAAAUUAAAAAAUAACCUAAGAAAUGAGACCGGGAGAGCUCCUGCGCCGCCCUCUUCCCGCCCAAACCGCCAAGCUCACCCUCGGUUGCCCCAUCCUCGAUCGCCUCCUCCAUGGCGGCAUUCCUUGCGAGAGCAUCACCGAAAUCGUCGCCGAGAGCGGCUCCGGAAAAACACAGCUUGCGCUUCAGCUCCUUCUCGCCGCACAGCUCCCAGUUUCCGACGGAGGCCUCGCCGCCGCCUCCCUAUACCUCCACUCUGAAUUCCCAUUCCCCUUCCGUCGCAUCCACCAGCUAUUAUUUCACAGACCCCACUCCCCCCAUAACCCGCUCGAUCGGAUUUUCAUCGAGCCCCUACAUUCUGUCGAUCACCUGUUCGACGUAUUGCCUCGCUUAGAUAUUCUCAUCCCCAAAUCCAACAUCAAGCUUAUUGUAAUCGACUCCGUAGCGGCAUUGUUCCGAGGGGAGUUUGACAACACCGCACCCGAAUUGAAGCGGAGAUCGGGUUUGUUCUUCAAGAUAUCAUCCAAAUUGAAAUUCUAUGCACGGAAAUUCGGGUUGGCCGUUGUGCUGACAAACCAAGUGACGGAUGUAAUUGAGUCUUCUGAUAAUCUUAGGAUAGGGAAUCCUGUAUCUUUGUGCACUUCGGGGAGGAAGGUCUGCGCGGCUUUGGGGUUGUCGUGGGCGAAUUGUGUGAAUACAAGGUUGUUCAUGUGGAGAGAGGAGGAUAGAGUGGGAGAUGAUAAUGUGCAGACCAGGAGAUUCUUGAGGGUUGUGUUUGCACCUCAUUUGCCAGAUUCUUCCUGUGAAUUUGUCAUUAGAAGAGAAGGGCUUUUUGGAGUUUGACAGAUGAUGAUUCGGGUCGAAAUGGCUAUUUCGUUUUGAACAGAGCAUAAUCGAUCGAUUAUUGAUGACAGAAGCCAAAUUUUGGAUUCGUACUGGUUUGUGGUAACUUAUGCAGACGAGGAGUUCUACGCAUUGCCAUUCAAUCUCAACAGAUUCUUCCCACCUACAUAGAUUGGUUGGAUUCUUUAUUGAGGCCUAGGUUCCUUUUUUUUGAAGAAAUGUGCUGAUUUUGGUUCAAUAAACCAUUUCUUGAAGUGGUGUCUAUGGCUUGCAAAAUGGUGGGAGGAGGCAGUGAUGGCUCACUAGACCUCUGUGCAAGAGUCUGCCUCAUUGAUGAGAAUGAAAAUAUCAUUUUCCACACCUAUGUCAAGCUAAGCCUUCCUGUCACCAACUACAGGUACGAGACGACUGGCAUAAGGCUGGAGUAUUUGAGGGAUGCAACGCCAGUUAGACAAGUUGGGAAGAAGAUUCAAGACUACUUAUGCAAUGGGGAGCCGAUAUGGAAGAUCCAGUCUAGAACUGGAAAAGCUCGAAUCCUCGUUGGCCAUGGCCUUGAACAUGAUUUAAAAUGCUUGGAGUUUGAACGCCCCGAGUUUUUCAUUAGGGAUACUGCAAAAUAUCCGCCAUUUGGUGUCUACAGAUAAUAUUUCUGCAUUAUUUCAUAGGUGUCAUUAUGUAAAGGGAUGUAUAUAUGCAAUUACCUAAUCAAAUGUAUAUGGAUUCAGAUAUUGGCUGAUUAGCUGCGCUUCAAUGCUUUCCUGUUGA